GCGGGGAGCGCGCGGACCCGUGCACGCGGAGCCUCGGGGCCUUCUGCUUGCGGAGCCUGGCCCGGGAGGUCGGCCGACGGGACCCCCUCCUCGCCGCGUCCAUCAGGACAUUUCACGACGAGUUCAACGUGAGGCUUAUCGCACCCGACAACGAUCGGCUUUUCGUGUCGGCCCUCACUGGGUCAGACAUGGAAGACUUCGAAGCAAUAGCAGACGAGUACUACAAGACGUGGGACAUCAAGAGCUACGCGCUGAGCCUGCACAUGAACUCGUCCCUGAUGUCGAAGGUGCCCAGCCACAAGAGGGCCUGCAUCGCGGCGUUCAUGAGCGACGCGUGCGAGGCACCCGUCUGCGGCCAGCUCCUCUUCAUGAACGAGUGGCUGGUGCAGAAUCGGCCGAACUGGCUGGCCGAGCCGCAGGUCGGCCAGUGGCUCGUGGACACGACGCGGGGCUUCACCUCUGUGGCCCCCGGCGGGGCCGGCGGCGUGCGGGCGAUCCAGCCCGCCCUCAGCGACCCCUCCGACGCGAGCAGGCUGAUGCAGCUGCGGGUCGUGACCCAGGCCUUCUUCCUGCGCUUCCUCGACCGCGUGACACGUACGGUGAGGCCCGAGGAGGACGAGGACGAAGACAUCAGCGCGUCCUCUGGGUCGCCUCGGCGGGUGACCCAGGUGAGCACUUCGAAGGAUUCCGCUGUCGAGUCCACAUCGAGGGAGCCCGUGGUCGAGUCCAUGCCGAAGGGGCCCGUCCAGCGUGUCCCGAGCGACGCCCCGAUGAGAAAGGCGCCGGUCCAGGACGAGGGCGGCGGCAGUGAGCACGACAAGCUGGAGGAGGAGGCGGCGGAGGAGGAGGAGAACGAGGAGGAGCCGGCCGCGGGGCGAGGGCCGUGCUACGGCAGGGCCCCACUGAAGCGGCUGGGGGGCGUGGCCCGGGCGCUCCUCGUGCGCCCCGGCCGCCCGGAUCGCAAGGUGCGCGCUGGCGCCAGGGGUGCGGAGGGCGCGGCCACGACCCCCCCGGCCCGCGAGAGCAUCCUG